AUAUUUAAUUUAAUUUAUUCCUAAUUUUAUGACGCACGAUGGCAUCAGGAAAGGAAGCGUUGAUUCUUAUUGCAGGACUUGGAGCUCUCACUGAUGGUGUAACCAAUUGGUACAGUUCCUGGUGCAAGGGAAAAAUAGCUCUUCUUGAUGGCUACAGUGUUCUGUUGCUGAUGGUGUUCUCCGGCGGUGGUGACGGUGAUUGUUUCUCUGUUUCGGUUAUGCUUAUGCGUUGCGGGCGUGAGAUUCUCAAUCCCAAUACUCUUUACCCUGCAUUCACCGUGGCUAACCAGGAAAACCAACAGCCGAUCUCAGAAGAAGAGCGGCCUCUAAUUCUGGCGCAUCGUAUCUCCACGUUCAAGCUUUCAAGGCAGCCUACAUUCGAAGAGCGCCUUCUUGACCACCCCUUUGACUCGCUAGAGCAAACCCAAUCCUUCCUUUCCCGCCACGCAGCGUCUAUCCGGGUAGUCAUCAACGUGGGUCGUACCCCAAUUUCCGCCGAGUUUCUACAUCUCCUGCCUCGUUUGGAGUUAAUAGUGUCGACAAGCUCAGGCCUUGACCGCAUUGACCUGCCGGAGUGCCGGUGCUGGUUCGUUUGUGGCGGGUUGUGGCCUGUAAAGAAAGACUACGCUCCUGGUUUUAAGGAUUUGCUAGGAUGGCCUUCAAGGUAGCUUUCUGAGCACAUGUGUGUUGUGAUUCUGGCUGCUGCCUUGGUGCCUUUGUCCUGUAGAAUAGUUGGUUUUUUAGUGCAAAAAUAACUGUUCCUGCCACAAAAAACAGUAACCGUCUUGGUGAAGUCAGUUUGAUGCCUAAGGUUCAAGAAAUUGAGGGGUUCAAGAAAAGAUAGAGUAUCAUUGUGAACUCCUUUUAACUUCUAAAAGAGGUGGUUUUUUUUUUAUCCCUUUUCAAAGAAAGAUGAGUAUUCCUU